GUAUGAACGUCAGGCUAUAAAGACAACGCUGCUCACACCCAUUUACCAGAGAAGUGGUGGUUCACGUUUUGACGUGCGGUAAUAUUCUGGAGCACCGCCCUUUUUUGUCUUUAAGCUCGGGAAGCGUUUCUCCGACUCCCUUCAGCUGUUACGAUGGGCCUUUUUCCUUCUUGUUCCAAUGAGGUCCUUUCGGCGGCCUUGGUCCUGCUGUUCCUCUCAUCUACUGCUUUGUGUGAGUGCCCAACUCCAAGUCUACCCAACCAUUCUUCAUUAAAAGGAGGAGAAGGCCUAGCAGAUACCUAUCCUGUUGGAACUCGUCUGCAGUUAGAGUGCAUCACAGGUUAUGAAUAUAUACCUGGAAAAGCUCGUAUUAUUAGCUGUCUUGACACUAAUCAGUGGUUAGAUGUUCCUGAACUUUGUCAAGGAAGGCGAUGUCCAACUCCACAUAUAGAAAAUGGCAGAAUAGUGUCCUCGAAUGACCUGCGGCUUGGUGAUCAAGUAACCUUUGGUUGUGAUUUUGGGUUCAGAAUAAUAGGUGAAUCCUCCCUUCAGUGUGUUUUGAGAUCGGGCAAAGUUGACUGGAAUAGAGAACUUCCACAUUGCCAGCGUAUUCCUUGUAAUCGCCCUCCUUUAAUUUCCAAUGGAAGGUAUGAUUCUAGCCCUUCAGAUGAAUAUGAUGCUGGCUCAGCAGUUAUAUAUCGAUGUGAUGCUGAUUACACCCUUAUUGGAAAUUCAACUAUUUCAUGUACAGUUGCAGCAAAUGGUGUAGAUGGAAUGUGGGAUUCACCUCCACCUGAAUGUAAAAAGGUCAAGUGUGAUAGACCAACCAUCCAAAAUGGGAGAGUGACAAAUGUGUUUCAAGCUAUAUAUACAUAUAACAGUGGCAUAUCGUUUCAAUGCAACUCUGGCUACACUUUGGUAGGGGCUGCUUUUGUUAAAUGUGAUGCUAAUAGUAAAUGGAAUCCUCCUGUUCCCAGCUGUGUUGAGAGUGUAGCCCCCACCCCUACCAAACCAACCAGACCCCCCACACCUGCUGUUCCUCCUACCCCCCCAAUUCCCCCUAUGCCUGGCACUGAAGAUGAAACUGAAGAAAUUCCAGUGUCCCCAACCCCAAGUGAAACAACUCCCUCAGGAUCUGGCAAAACUGUUGCAAUUGUUUUUGGAGCUGUCCUUGCUGUUAUAGUUCUGGGUGCUUUAAUUUUUGCAGUUGUGAAAUGGGUCUUUCCCAAGGGGAAAGCUAACACUCAUCCUGCCUCUCCUGAUGCUUAUCGAGUAGUUUCAGAUAGAGAUAUGCCUUUGGAAGAAAAACAACCAAAAGACUGAUCUGAGUCCAUCGAACUUCUGCAAUAAAACUUCAGUAAUCUUUCAACCAUUUCCCACUUAAGAACUGAAAAUGGGAACUUGGUGAAGAUUUGAGUCAAAAGCUUUAGUUAUACUCAUAGUUCUACAGUGUGGCCAUUGGAUGAAGCUCUUGGCGCAUGAAGCAAUCAUCAUUUGAUCUAAAAAAAUACUCCUUUUGCAGAUGCUGCUUCUAAUUCUAGUAAUUUGCAUUUAAAUCCUUUCAGAGUAUCUCAGCGUGUCUGCUUCUAUAUCCCUCAGAUGCAGAAUCUGAGGGGAGCCGCCAUGUCUCUACUUCAGGGAUGAUGCAUUAUCUUGUUACCAAGAUAUGACUAUUCUUGAAUGGAAGAUUCGGCAAGUUUCUGUAUAGUUCUCUUAACAGCCUGGCUCUUAAAUCUGCUGCUGAGUUCAGCAGCAUGGCACCAAAAGAAAAGUUACCUUGCUUCCUGAGUUUUAGAUUUAUGUUAAAACAGUGAGCUGUGCCUGAUCAAAAUUGCAUUCUGUUUUAUAUUUUAACAGUCAACAUAAAUUUUGCAAACUUAAGGAAAUAAAUUAAGGGACACUUUUGAGACACGUGUCUUAGUGAGGAAGACUCAGUUUAUGUCAUUGUAAUCACUGUGAUGAGAAAGUGUUGUGUUUUGACUGAAUGGAGCCCAGCCUGUAAUAUUCAGCCUAUGUGUUGGGGGGGGAGGGAGGGAGUAAUGAAACCUGUGUUGCAAUGCCCUGUGUGACAUUGCAACACACAUUCUGUCAUUUUGGCAUCAGCCUGGCUAGCUGUGGAUGCCUGUGGUAUUCAAGGAAUAGUUUGUUUGCAAAAGUUUUAUUUGUAAACCUUAUUGUAUUCCUUCUUAUGUGGGAAAAAUGAAUUAAAUGUGAUGUCUGUAUAUAAAGAAAUGUCUGACAAUGGUAAUAUUAAAGGUUGAAUUGAACAGAA